GCUGCAAAAUUAAAAAUUAAAAUAUAUAUAUAUAUUAGUUUUUUUAUCUUAGCUUUCUCUUAGCUCUCCCAUUAUUGGAGAUGCCCUAAACCGAGUCUUUUAGGCUUAGCACUCGCUCACUAAUCACCCACAGAGCAGCAUCAUAUUCUCUUGACCUUCAUUAAAAUGGAGGAAUUGCUAAGAAAUUAAAGCACCCUUCUCUUGUAUCUCCUCUGCAAAUUUCUCUUCUUUGUAGUCCAUCGGAGGAGUGUAGACGGGAGCUGAAACACCAGUUUUAUAUUUUAUUUCUGGGAUAAAUGAAUGAGGGGUAUUCAACUGUUGCCAUGAACCAGAGAGAAGGUGAUUAUGUUCCAAUUAGAGAUGCAGAGAAUGUCCAACUGGGAAUGUUUGACAAACCCCUUCCUUGCUUUGGCUGUGGAAUUGGAUGGUUUUCCCUUUUGCUUGGAUUUGUGUUCCCGCUGAUGUGGUACUUCUCAGCAAUUCUCUACUUUGGGAAGUACUAUAACAAGGAUCCAAGAGAGCGAUCUGGCCUUGCUGCCUGUGCAAUUGCUGCUAUAGUGUUCACAAUAGCUGCGGUGAUCGCUUUACUUGUUUAUUUGUUGUGAUUCUCGCCUCGCCAGAUUCAUCUUUGCAGCUGCAGUGUAUGUUUCAAAAAGAUAAGAUGAACCUGAUUCCAAGUGCUCAAGUUGUAAUGGGCCCCGGACCAAGCUUUCUGAAAUCUCUGCACUCUUGUACAUAAUACGAAAAUGCUGUACAAUGAUGGAGGGGAACCCAGCUCAACUGUGAGAUCCCCAUUUAGUGCAAAUCUGUCUAUGUAUUCUACUUGUAGGUAUUAGAAAAGGUGACAUUCCUUGAUGUGUUCCUUAGAUUUUGCUGGAAGCCUGAAGCAUGACGAGCGCGGAACCACAUGCUUGGCCAUUCAAUUUAAGCGAAAUGACUUGAAAUAUGAAAAUUCCCCUUGUUUAUUCCUUGCAUUUCGUAGAAAGCUGCUCGUUACGUUACUCCGGAUCUUAAAAAAAUGCACCUUGUUGUUCA